AUGCUUCCGCUCGUAGCAUUCCUCAGCUUUGCAGCUGCAGUCCGCAGCGCAACGACUCUCAUCCCCACAUCUUGUUUCGACUCUUAUUCCGCGCUGGAAGAGUACUUUGAAUAUCUGUACCCAUGGGGCUCCGACCACAACGGUUCUGCACGAAUGGUUGGCAACUCCACCGACCAUGAGUACAUCGCCAUCGAGCCCCCCGGAACCCUCACUCUGAUCGCAAAGCCAACCAGUGGCCAGCCCCCCACGAGCAGUGGCAUAGCCAUCCACUAUCUCUCUGGCACGGUACAUGCGGCGCAGACGUUCACGGUCAGCGCAGGCUCCGGAUUCGACUUCCAGGCGGAGUUCCAGGCUCCGACAGCCAGAGGGACAUGGCCUGCUUUCUGGCUGACUGGGGUGGACUCGUGGCCGCCUGAGAUUGAUAUCGCUGAGUGGAAGGAUACUGACAGUUUGGCAGGAGACGGCGAUAUUUCUUUCAAUACGUUUAAUACUUCUUCAGCCGUCGAGGCAGUGAACGUCCCGUACAAUUCGCCAGAUGACUUCCACACCGUUAAAGCGGAAAUCCGUGACGAGGACGGAAGUAACAUCUCGGUCAAGUUCUACCUGGAUGAUUCGCUGGUCACGACCCAGUAUGGGGCAGACUAUGUCGGCAAGCCUCUGUAUUUGAUCAUUGAUCUGCAAAUGGAAGGAUCCAGUGGCUCUCCUGGGCCGACUACUGCAAGCAACAUGCAUGCGUGCAAUGGCUAA